AUGGACAUCCAGACUCCAUCCACACUCCUUCAGCUGGCAGGAGAGAGCCUGCUGAGGGACCAGGCCUCAGCCAUCGCAGCUCUGGACUACCUGCCGGCUGAGCUCUUCCCGCCGCUGUUCAUUCAGGCCUACCGUAGGAGAAUCCCGGAGCCCCUGAAGGCGAUGGUGCAGGCCUGGCCCUUCACUGUCCUCCCUCUGGGGGGCCUGCUGCAGCUGCCUGGGCUCAUGGUCUUAAAAGCCGUGUUGGAUGGGCUUGACAUUCUGCUUGCCCAGGAGGUUAGGCCCAGGAGAUGGAAACUGCGGGUGCUGGAUUUAAGGAGCACAGGUGCCAACUUCUGGAGAAUGUGGUGUGGAGACAGCACCUGGAAUUGCUCAUGGAAAGUACCAGUGGCUGUGCACAGCUCCAGCCCCAACAAGGAGCACCCCUUGGCUCCCUUGGAGGUGUUCCUAGACCUUAACUUCAACGAAAGUGACGACGGGGAUGAGUUUCUCAAGUACAUCAUCCAAUGGGCCCAGCAGAGGGAAGGGUCGCUACACCUGUGCUGCAAGGCGCUAAGGAUUUCUGAGGUGCCCUUCCAGAGGGUCAGCAAGGUCCUGGAUAGGGUGAAGCUGGAGUGCAUCCAGGAGGUGGAAGUGAACUGCACCUGGGACCUGCCCACCCUGGGGACGUUUGCUCUUUACCUGGGUCAUAUGAGUAACCUGCAGAGACUCUCUCUCUCCCACAUUCACGUGUUGACAGAGGAGGAGGACCCGGAGGAGGAACAGGAGCGGGAAGAGGAAGAGGAGCUGCGGCACCUCCGGGAUCUCAACAUGGAUUGUCCCUCCUUCCUCCAAGGCCGUCUGGACCAGAUACUCAGGUGCCUGCAGACCCCCUUGGACAAACUCUCCAUAGAUAAUUGCCAGAGGCUGACGCAUUCAGACCUGACACACAUGUUCCAGUGCCCGAACCUCAGGCAGCUGAAGUCCCUGCAUCUGUUUCGCCUCAGCCUGGCGGAUUUUAGUCUUGAGCCCCUCCAAGCUCUGCUGGAGGCAGUGGCACCCACCCUCCAGGACCUGCGCCUAGAUAACUGUGGGAUGGUGGACUCCCAAGUCGAGGCCAUCCUACCUGUCCUGAGCCGCUGUCAGCAGCUCAGGGACUUCACCAUCUCUAUGAACAACUUUUGCGUGGCCACCGUGGAGAAGCUGCUGCGCCACACGGCCGGGCUGCGCAGUUUGGAGCUCGAGCUGUACCCCGUCCCUCUGGAGUGUUACAGGAUCCAGGGGAUCCUCAACCAGGAGAGACUUGCCCAGAUCCGGGCUGAGCUCAAGGUGUUACUGAGGGAGUUAGGACAGACCAGGACCAUCUAUAUUUGUGGCAAGUGCUGUCACACAUGUGGCAACACUAACGUUUAUGACGUGGCAUUUUCAUGA